AUCAGAGAAGAAAAAGUGUUAUCAUGUGUAUCUCUAGUGUAAACAUAGUUUAUGGAGGAUUUAUUUAUUAAAUAUAUGAAUAUUAGCCCUUUUUACUGGACACAUAAUGGCCUCCAUGGUUUCCAUGGUAGCGAAACCGCCGCUGCGCAUGCGCAGUAAAGGCUAGACGGCGGCGCAUGCGCAAUGAGUUCCACCGUUAUGCGGUAUUUUGUGUGUGUUGAAGCGGGAAGAUUCAGUGACGGAGCUGACAGCACCUCUUCAAACACAAUUCCACAGGAAUUAGCCGCAUACACAGCAUGCCUCGGGAGAUUAUAACGCUGCAGCUGGGGCAGUGUGGAAAUCAGAUUGGUUUUGAGUUCUGGAAACAGCUGUGUGCUGAGCAUGGCAUCAGCCCAGAGGGCAUCGUGGAGGAGUUUGCCACCGAGGGCACGGACCGGAAAGACGUAUUCUUCUAUCAGGCGGACGACGAGCACUACAUCCCCCGAGCCGUGCUCCUGGACCUGGAGCCUCGAGUCAUCCACACCAUCCUGAACUCGCCCUACGCUAACCUGUACAACCCCGAGAACAUCUACCUCUCAGAGCACGGAGGAGGAGCAGGAAAUAACUGGGCCAGCGGUUUCUCUCAGGGGGAGAAGAUCCAUGAGGACAUCUUUGACAUCAUUGAUAGAGAAGCAGACGGCAGUGACAGUCUGGAGGGAUUUGUGCUGUGUCACUCCAUCGCUGGCGGCACAGGGUCUGGUCUCGGCUCCUACCUGUUGGAAAAACUCAAUGACAGAUAUCCUAAGAAGCUGGUGCAGACGUACUCUGUGUUUCCUAACCAGGAUGAGAUGAGUGAUGUGGUGGUGCAGCCCUACAACUCUCUGCUCACCCUCAAGAGACUGACCCAGAAUGCAGACUGUGUGGUGGUGCUGGAUAACACGGCUCUGAACAGGAUUGCUACAGACAGACUGCACAUCCAGAACCCCUCGUUCUCUCAGAUCAACCAACUGGUCUCCACCAUCAUGUCCGCCAGCACAACAACACUGCGUUAUCCUGGAUACAUGAACAACGAUCUGAUUGGUCUGAUUGCGUCUCUUAUCCCCACUCCCCGCCUCCACUUUCUCAUGACUGGUUACACACCACUGACCACUGACCAGUCAGUAGCGAGUGUGAGGAAGACGACAGUCCUGGAUGUGAUGAGGAGACUCCUGCAGCCCAAGAACGUCAUGGUGUCCACGGGCCGAGACCGUCAGACCAACCACUGUUACAUCGCCAUCCUCAACAUCAUCCAGGGAGAGGUGGAUCCUACACAGGUCCACAAGAGCCUCCAGAGAAUCCGAGAGAGGAAGUUGGCUAAUUUUAUCCCGUGGGGUCCUGCUAGCAUUCAGGUGGCGCUGUCACGCAAGUCCCCGUACCUGCCGUCAGCUCACCGCGUCAGCGGCCUCAUGAUGGCCAAUCACACCAGCAUCUCCUCGCUGUUCGAGAGGACGUGCCGUCAGUACGACAAGCUGCGCAAGCGCGAGGCUUUCCUCGAGCAGUUCCGCAAGGAGGACAUGUUCAAGGACAACUUCGACGAGCUGGACGACUCGCGCGAGGUGGUGCAGCACCUGAUCGACGAGUACAGCGCCGCUACACGGCCCGACUACAUCUCCUGGGGUGCACAGGAGCAGUAACACACACACACACACACACACACACAUAUAUAUAUAUACACAUACACUCAGAGGUCCUGGACUCAAUUGUUUGUCUGCAUUUAAUUGUUUGUGUGUGAACAAGACGAGAGUGUGUGCACUUUAGUGUAUAUACAAGUAUAUCUGUAUCUUUUCUCUCUCUCUCUCUCUCUCUCUCUCUUUUUCAGUCUGUUGUUAAAGCCUUUAUCCAUCACUCCUUCAUUUCACCACGCACACACGCACGCACACUUGCUGUCACACAUACAGGGUCCUGAGUAAGCAGAUAAGGCAGGGUGGUCUCACAGGGACGACUCUGAAAGCAGCUCUGUAGGAAAAACAGGGACGAAAGGGUGGAGCGGAAAAAUGAUAAGCCUGACUGAGAGAAAAGGGCAAAGACAUAAAAGAUCCUUGAGUGCACUUUCCUGUUUAACACACACACACACACACACACACACACACACACAUACACACACACAUUUUUCCUUUACGAAGUAGUGCUGUGGCUUUUUAGGGAUUGAUUAUCAUUUAAGUUUGAAGCUUUUAAUAAGACAAUUCAUCUCGCUGAUAAUCAGGAAUAAAACCACACCCAUCUUUAGCGUCAGUGGUUUCCAGAAGACUAUCGGAGCUCUGAGAGAAUCCUUAAAAUCAGUCAUUAAGUCUUUAUAAUCUAGAGGGCAUGCAGUCGUAGUGAGACGGCUGAUCUGAGACCAGUGUGUAUUAAUAAAUCCUGAAGAGAAUCUCUGCACAUUUUAGUGUUUAAUUCCCUCUAACACACUCACUGCAGCUCAGGAAUGAGCUGAUGAGUUGAAUCAGGUGUGUCAGAGCAGCAAAAACACGAGGACCAGGAUUGGGAACCUGUGCAGGAUUGAAUAAAGGUUUCCUUAAAAUACUGCAGAUUAAAAAAGUCUUUUAGAAAAUCUCACAGGUUCCUCAGUGUUAAAUAUAAGGUUUCUAUUUUUCUGUCCCUUCCCGUGGUCUUUCAUACUGAGCCUUGUGUUCUCAGAGCUACUCCUUCUCUCUACCCGCGCAUUUUUUUCUACUGUAAAUAGUUUGUGUUCACUUAAAUAAAUGAUUUUCUAAGACAAGAGGUUUCGCUGUCUUGUCUUUGUGUGUGUGUGCAUAUGUGUGUGUGUGUGCUCUCAACUUCAUACCGAUUAGAAACGUUAAAAGCCAAAUUUCAUACAGGCUGCUGUAGAAUUUAUACAAAUUACUGUUAUUUUCGCUUAAAAUGUAUUUUAUGAUUGUAAUUAAAUCGAGAAAAACCUGUUUUUGUUCCAGACACUGUUUUAGUCACAAGGCUACCUCGUCAGCUCUGUGAUUGGAUUCAAUUCCUGCUCAGUUUGAGGUUGCUUUGGAUAAAAAUUACUCCUUUAAAAAUAAAAAAUAAAAACCUUUUCAGUUCUCAGUUGUGAGUGAGGAUAAGGUUUGGGACAUUUUGGUUCACUAGUGAAGUGGAUUUUGGAAAGUAACUGUGAUUUGUUUUUAAUUUUUUUUUUUUAAUUUAGUUGGUGGAAAUCACAACCCACAAUCACGAGUUAUUAUAUUAAUUAUUGAGUUCUUAUCUUAUAUAUUAGCUUGUUUGACUGACUGCUCCCUCGAAUUGAACGAGUUUAAUCCAAGCUCAGUAACUCAAAAACAAGUCAGGCUAUAAAUACCAUCAACUACGACAAACCUCAAAGCAUGGCGAUGUGUAAACAAGUGUUGUCCAGACAGAACAUGUUGAUGUAAGUAGGCAUCAGCCAAUCGGAAAUGGUGUGGGCGGAGCAUUCGUGCUUAAAUAUUGCUGACUCAACUAAGAAAUGGGGAAAAAUAUGGAUUUGUUGUUUUUAUUUUAUUGAUGAUGCUGUGAGCAGCCAUGUUGAUUUUUUGACUUCACUUGCUGAACUCAGGGUUGAGGAGACCCCUCUGAGUUUCCUAGGAGGGUGGGGUGGAGUCGGGUGGAGUAGGGGUUUGGCUGGGGGUUGGAGGUUGGGGGUUGUAUUGGGCUUUUUUUUUCCUGUUCAGAAAAUUCCAAGUUAUGAGAUUUAAUCAAAUGCAGCAUGGCCAAGCGUGGAAAAAGAAACCACAUGACUUAAGCAAACCAUCAUCGCAUAUCAGUGCACUUUUUAACAGAUUGUAAACUUGUGUUUGGUGUGUGUGUGUGUGUUUGGUGUGUGUGUGUGUGAUCACCCCAAAACAACAUAACGUAAACGAUAGUCCAAUGGUGCUGCCUUUAUUAUUUAAUCACAUACAGUAUCUACCAUCAUUCUUUAUUAUUGCACAUUCACGUUAGCUGUACAGACAAUAGUGCAACUGGCUACAGACGCGCAACACGGCGCAGUACCGUGCAGCAUCCCGACUCAACACACUUUGUGUUAGCGUAUGCGGCGUGAAGCUUUAAGACGGUGGGCGGAGCUGCCUGCAGCUGCUUAAGUGACGCAUGGAGAGUGGCGAUGCUGUUGGACGGGGAAAAAAGGGACGUUGCGGAAAAGGAACGACGUUUAUACACAUAACAGGAAAUAAAAACGACUUGCAGACACUCACGAGUCCUGUCCAAAAAAAAAAUU